AUGAAGAAAAAUAAUAUAGAUAAAAAUGAGGGGGAAAAGGAGGUAGAUAAAAAUAAAUUGUCAUUUAUUAAUUUUUUUACAUUUCAUUGGAUAACUAAAUUAAUAAAUAGUAUAAAUAAAACUGAAGAGUUUGUUUUGCCAAAUAUUGGAAGGAAACCAAUUAUAGGAUAUUAUGAAUAUUAUUUGAUGAAAAAUUUAAAAGUUUUUAGAAAAAAAAAAAAAUCAUUUUUAAGUCAAAUUUUUUCAAAAAUUUUUAGUUUUAUUGUUAAAAAAAAAAAUGACAGAAACAAAAAAAAUGACAGAAUUGAGGAUGAGGAUUAUUAUGAAUAUAAUAGAGGACUGAUUUCGGCAUUGGCCUAUACCUUCAUACAACCAGUGCUGAUUAUAUCAUUACUUUAUAUAUUCCACGCAUUGUAUUUAGUAUUCGUUGCUAUUUGUAUAGAAAAAUAUAUAUCAAUAAUAAAAGGGCAUUAUGUUUUUUCCCCAUUAUUACAAUUUAAAACUGCAAAACUAUUAUCUGCUUUUGUUCUUAUAAUAGUAUUAUCCUUGAAUUUAUUUUUAGAUUCGAUAGUUAGUUAUAUGCAUAGCAAACUUAUAAUCGAUAUGGAAGUAACUGUUAUGCACUUUUUGUAUAAAAUAAAUAUGGGAAUAUUUAAUCAUUGUAUAUUAAGCCCAUAUCACGACAAUAAUAAUAAUAAUAAUAACAAUUUACUUGAAAUGAGUAACAAUAAUAGUGAAAAUAGUACCUGCACAAAUGUAGAUUAUUAUAAAAAUAAUACACGUGAUGAUAUAUCCAAAAAUUGUAUCAUAAAAGUUGAGAAUGAAACAAGCCAAAGUAAUGCCAAUACCACUAUAAGUACAAAUAAUCUUACCAAUUUUUCAAAAAAAUUUGAUUUAAAUAAUAAAUUAGAAGAAGAUAAUGAAAAUGUGAUUGAAAAUAAUAAAGAAGAUGGUGAUAUUAACAUAUAUAAUAUUAUGUUUAUUGAUACACCAUCUUUAAUAUAUUUUAUAUCUUCUGCAAUAAUGGCUAAUGGAAUGUUUAUUAAAUUGGUAAUAUCAUUUUAUAUGUUUUAUCAUAAAAUGGGAAAAAAUUCAAUUAUAAUUGGUAUAUUUUUAGUAUUAUUAUUGUAUGGAAUUAUAUUUUUAUGUGAAUUCAUAUCAAGUAUGCUUAAAAAAAAAUAUUUAAAAUAUCAAGAUAAAAGAAUUGAUAAUAUGAAUCAUGUAUUAAAAGAAUAUAAGCUAAUGAAAAUGUUUAAUUGGGAAUCUAUAGCAUUUGAUUAUGUAAAUAAAUUUAGGGAAAAAGAACUGAAAUAUUGUAAAUACAGAAUUUAUUUAAGUUCUUUAAGUAAUUAUGUUAAUGCCAUUUCAGUUCAUUGUGUAGAAAUAGUUAUAUUUUUUGUUUAUAUUAAAAACAAGCUAAAUAAUAAUGAUCAUAUUGAUGUUAAUUCGGUAAUUACACCACUUUUUGUUUAUAAAUCGUUAAUUAAUGGAAUUGUAAGUUUUCCAACUAUAUUCAAUAAUUUAUUAGAAGGACCUAUAAGUAAUGCCCGUGUGAAUAAAUAUGUUAAACAUUAUUUUCAUGACAAUAUUUCCAGUAAGCUUUUUUACUCUAAAAUUAAAAAUGAAAAAACAAAUAGCUAUUUUAAAAAAAAAAAAAACAAUAAUAGCUAUAUUUCUGACAAAAAAAAUAAUAAUAGCUAUAUUUCUGGCAAAAAAAAUAAUAAUAGCUAUAUUUUUGACAAAAAAAAUAAUAAUUAUAUGAACAUGCAAGGUAAAUCAGAGGAAAUUAUUCCCCCAAAAAAAAAUACAUUUUACACUAGUUUUUUGAACAUGAUUUCAAAUGACAAUUAUGGUUAUAGUUAUGAUGAUAAUAAUGAUGAUAAUAAUAAUGAUGAUAAUAAUAAUGAUAAUAAUAAUCAUGGCGGUAAUGCCGCGAAUAUUGAGUGGGAAAGUGAAAAUAAUAAAAUAUGGCGAGAUAACGGUGACGAUAAUAAUAAUAGCGAAAUAGUAACGAUAGAUAUUCUAAAUAAAAAUGGCAAAAUGAACAAAAUAAAUAAGAGUAUUAAGUCACAAAAUAUUUUUGAUGAAAAAUAUGGAAUAGAUAAAAACACAAUUAUAAAAUUUGAAAAUUGUAAUUUUAAACCAGUGAAAUUUGAAAAUAAUUAUAAUCAAUCUAAAAAUAUAAAAUUAAAAAAUGUAAAUUUUACAUUAAAAAAUAAUACUAUAGCAAUAAUAAUAGGUGAUAUUGGAUCAGGGAAAACAUUAUUUUUUAAUUCCAUUCUUGGGAAAUUUAAAUUAUUAAAUGGAAAUUAUUAUAUAAAAAAUUUUAUAUAUGAUAUGCCAGUUUUAUAUGCACCUCAAAUUAAUUGGCUAUCUGAUGGAACAAUAAGAUCAAUGAUAACAUUCGAAAAUAAAUUUGAUCCAUAUAUUUAUUAUUUAGCUAUUUCACAAAGUGAGCUAAUAAAUGAUAUAUAUUCUUUUAAAAAUUUAGAUAUGAGAUAUGUAAAUGAUGAACAUAGUUUAAGCAAAGGUCAAAAAUCAAGAAUAUCUUUAGCACGAUCUUUAUAUUAUCAUUAUAUAAAUAUGAAACAAUUAUGUACAGAAAAUAUAGAAAUGGCAAAUGUUGAAGAAAGCACAUUUAAUAAUACACACGAAAGUAAUUUGGGUUUAAAUAAAUUUACAACAAAUUAUUAUGAUAAAAAUAUUGAUAAUAUGAAAUCAGUACGUUUUUCAGAAUCUGUUCAAAAUUUCACAUUACAUAAUGGUGACCAAUUUGAAAAUUCGAUGAGUUCUAACAUAUGUAAUGGUAAAAUUGAACAAAUUGAGGAAGGAGAUAAAAACGAUAAAGGCGGCAAAAGCGACAAAAUCGAUAGCAAUAGCAGCUUCACUAGCGAUCGCAACUUUUCAUAUUCGGAUUUGCAAUUUCUAAUAAAUAAUAACUAUUUAAAAGAGUGUUUAGAUAAAAAUAAUAUGUCAUAUUUAUAUUUAUUAGAUGAUAUAUUCACUUCAUUAGAUCCGUAUAUAUCAAGAAACAUAUUUUAUAAUUUAUUUUGUGAUAAAGAUAAAUUAAAAAAUAUUAAAAAUCAUUGUGGAAUUGUUAUAACAAUAAAUGAAAAUUCAUUUAACAGUUUUAUAAUGAAAGAUAUUAUAGAAAAUCUUCAAUAUAAUGUAGAUAUAUAUAAAUUAGAAAAUGGGUCAUUAUAUUUUGAAGGAAAUAUAAAUGAAUAUAUACAAAAAAAAAAUAUAGAAAUAAAAAUUUCAGAUGUAAUAAUUAAAAAAGAAACAGAAAAUGAAAAAAGAGAAAAAAUGUUUUCAUUUUUCAAAAAAACAGGAAUAUCAAUGAAAGAUUCUAAAAAAAAUGAUCAAGUAUUUUAUAUGUCAAUGUCAUUAGAAUUAUGUCAUCAAAAUAAUCCACAAACACAAGUUGAGAUUGCAGAUAAUGAUAAUAUUGAAAACCCUUCUAAUAUUACUGUUGUAUAUAAAAAAGAUAAUUCACAUUUCGAUAAAAAUAAUGUAAUAUAUAAUAAAAUUAUUUUGUUAAAAGAAUUAAAACUUUUACAUCAUCUUAAAUCAGAAGCUAAUAAUGAAAUGCCAAAUUUGAAUAAAAAAUUUACCAUACUUAUGAAUAACCAUUUUAACAAAAUUGUUAAUGAAUCCAUUUUAAAAGAUAAAAAUAAUAAUAUUAGUACAGAUGAAAUAGCAAAAAUAAAAAAAGAUGAAAUUAGGAAAUAUAUUGGAAAUUUUAUUAUAAAUAAAAAAGAAAAUAAUGAAAUAAAAUGUUUAAAAAAUAAAAAAACAGAUGUAGAAGAAUUUGAAAAAAUUAAUGCAAUGUUAAAAAAAAAUUUAAAAGAGCAUUAUACAUAUUAUAAUAAUUAUAUCAGAGAUAAUAGUAAUAAUGAUACUAAUAAAGAUGUAGCUAGAAAAGGAAAUAUAAAAUUUGAAACAUUUAAAUGGUAUUUUAAAAAUGUUGGUAAUGUAAUUAUAAUAUGUAUUAUUAUAUUUAUCAUAUUUUCGAUAUUUUUAGAUGAAAUAAAAAAUAUGUUAUUAUUUUUAGUUAGUGCUUUAUUAAAAACAAAAGAUAAAUCAUAUGAAGAGAUCAUACAAACAAAAUUAGUGUAUCUUAAAUAUUUUAUUAUAUUACCAUCAUUAUCUUUAAUAACAACUUUUAUAUCUUAUAUGGUAAUUGCACAUGGAAUAAUGAUAUCAGCAAGGAAAAUGCAUACAGAAGUAUUUAAAAGUAUGUUAUAUGCACCUAUUCAUGCAUUUUAUAGUCAUAACAUAGGAAAUAUAAUUAAUAGAUUUAUAAUAGAUAUUCAUACAUUAGAUAAUGGAAUAAUUAAGCGAUGUUAUAAAACAUUUUUUACUAUUUCAAAAUUUAUCUCAACCGUUAUUUUAUUAAUAUUUAUGUUUAAGAAAACAUAUAUUAUGUUACCAUUUAUUAUAAUUAUAGUUUAUUAUGGAAUUUUUAAAAAAUAUUCAGUAGCAUGUAAAGAAGCCCAAAGAGGAUAUUUAUGUUCUCAUUCUCCAAUUUGUUCAAUAUUUAGUAAUACGAUAAAUGGAAAAGAUAUAAUAAAUUUAUAUAAAAAAAAUGAUUUGAUUUUAAAAAAAUUUGAAAAUAGUAUCUAUGCACUUCGAAAUUUUACUCUAUUCAAAUGGGGUAUAACUGUAUGGGCAUCUUUAUAUAUACAAUUAGUAGGCUUAUGUUUAACAUCAUUUUAUAUUUUAUAUCCGCAUUUUUUUUCAAUAUUUAAAAAUUCUCCUGAACACAUUGAUAUAGAUGUAGAUAAUUAUAUAAGCUAUAGUGAAGUCAUUGGCUAUUGUAUAACAUUUUCAUGCAGUUUAGGAUACAUAAUCAAAUCAUUCUUAUAUGACUAUACACAUGUAGAAAAGGAAAUGUGUAGCAUACAAAGAUUGGAGGAGUUAUCGAAGAUUAAAAAUAUUAACGACGAGGCGAGUGCCAGCCACGUUGGACAUUUUGAAAAUGGCAAAAGUAAAAAAUUUGAAAAAUUUGAAAAUGGUGAAAAUGUGAAUGCACUAGUGAGCCCAACUCAGUUGCCCCAAUCGAAGUAUGGACUCGAAUUUAAAAAUGUUUAUGUUAGUUAUAAAAAAAAAGUAUAUAUAGAUAAAUUAAAAAAUAUAUAUUAUUAUGCAAAUGAAAAAUCAUGUUUAAGGAAUAUAAAUUUUUAUGCUUUAAAAAGUCAAAAUAUUGGAAUUAUUGGAAAAUCAGGGGCAGGAAAAAGUACAAUAGUUAUGGCAAUAUUAGGAUUAAUAUCUACAUCAAAAGGAGAAAUAAAAAUUGAUGGAAUAGAUAUAAAAAAUAUUCCAUUAGAUGAAAAAAAAAAAAUAAUAGGUAUCUUACCACAAUCAUCUUUUGUUUUUUCACAUUGGAAUAUAAGAACAUAUAUAGAUCCAUAUCAUAAAUUUUCUGAUAAUGAAAUUAUUGAUGCUUUUGAAACUAUUGGAAUAAAUCUUACGUGUGCAGAUUUAAAUAAAUAUAUAUAUAAAACAAAAAAAAAAAAAAAUAAUGAAUAUCAUAAAUCUAAAUAUACAAAAAUAAAUAAAAAAAAUAAUGAAAAUUAUAUACUAAUGUCUGAUGAUUCAAUACGAUAUUUAUCAUUAGUACGAAUAUAUUUAAACAGAAAAAAUUAUAAAUUAUUAUUAAUUGACGAAAUACCUGUUGUAAAUUUUAAUAAAAAUAAUAGUGAAAUUAAUAAUUUUUUUACAAAAAAUUUAAAACCAUUUGAUUAUAUAAUUGAAAAUUAUUUUAAACAUAUUACUGUUUUAAUAAUUUCUCAUGAUACAAGAACUUUAUCAUCUUGUGAUUUUAUUUGUGUUGUUUCUAAGGGCGAGGUUGUAUAUAAAUGCAACUAUUCAGAUGUAGAAACACAAACACAGCUAGCUAAUAUUAUACAGGACCAAGCUAAUUGA